AGUAUUUGAGGGAUUCACUUCAAAUUUUCACACAAUAUUUUUAAGAAAUUGUACUUUAAGAAAAUGCUUAAAACUCCAAUUUUUUUAAAAUUCUGACUAGCCCUAACCUCUUAAGGUAUGUCGAAAAAAAAAAUUGAUGCAAAGAAAUGAAAAAGUAAACAAACCAAUUUUUUGGUUGAAAGAAAUGCAUACCAUAUAUUUUUUAAUUUCGCACAAUCACUGUGGAAAGUAGUAGGGUCCAAUACAUAUUCAUUUAUGUAAAUAAAAUAAAAAUCAGUGAGUCCGUACAACCUUUAGUGCUAUUUUAAAUUUACAAAUGCACUUUUUUAUGAUUUUGCUGUACUUCAAUUUUACUGCAUACAGACGUACACACAUACACACAUAUUGGCAUACACUUCUUGCAAGUUCAUUUCAGCUGGUUGUCAAAUUCCCUAAAUAAAUAAAAGCUCUCCACAUUAUCGCAAAUUUAGCUACUCUCGUAAGAGAGCUUUGCAUAUCCUGAGCUUUACAAUGUGUCGCUAUUUCGCAGUCGCCGAAAAGGAUUACUAGUAUCUUCGGCUGUUUGCUUUGACACAUAUUCAUACCAAGGCAAGCAGUUUGUUCUUUUGUUGUAAAUACAUAUUAAGAGGAAAACGCAGAUGAAAUUGCAUUUAUUAAAAUGUGCUAAACGUUUUAAACACUUAAAGCAUACAACUGAUAUCAUUUUCGUAGUUAAUUCAAGCAGUUCUAUUAUUAGUUUUAGCUAAGUAUGAAAAAUAUCAAAAACGCUCCUAAUAUAAAAAAAAUUUCCGCAUAUGUGAAACAAUGAAGCAGAAGUAAACUUAAAAUUCCUAACAUCAAACGUUGUACAAAAUCGAUAUCUCGCCAAAUCUCGGAGGUGCGUUGGCCACGUUUAAGCGAUGCGAAGCGGGGAGUGGCAGAGUACUGCGUUUAAAUUGUGCAUUUUUAACAAUAACUGUGACAGUAUUACAAUAUAAGUUAUGAGAAAUAGGAUGUGACACACAGCGCCGAGCUCCAGUUGAAUGUGUGAGAAAAUUGAAACAAAACAACAGUAGUGAAAUAAAAAGUCCUUUUAAAAGCAAAACAAGAUUUAUAAAGUACGAAGUUCUUGUGUUUCAAUUAAAUUUUUCAAAUUUAAAGAAAAUUAGAAACAACUUAGAAGUAAAGCAAAAUGCAUUCGGUCGGCAUCCAUUCGGCGAUGGCGAUAAAACGCCAACGAAAGCGACGUGAUGAACAGAAACGUGCGCGGGAAAGACGCUACAGUACGCAAAGUUCCGAGAGUGGAGAAACAUUCCAUUCGCCAAGUGGUUCCUUUCGACGUAAGUUUCACCAUGCGCAUAGCGUUGCUAAGCCUGGACCAAACAUGCUUGAUAGUCAGGUUGUCACAAGCAUCGGAAUGCUUCACAUUGGCAUCGUAUUUAUAGUUUUUGGAAUAUUUUUAUGUGGUGCUGGUAUUAUACCUGAUGAAACAAUGUCAUGGAAUGUGUUCAGCUCAAGUUCGGCAUGGUGGAACGAGGUUACUUGCACUGGACUUUUUUCGCUGGGCUUGGGACUUUUUUUGCUUGUACUGAACUGCCUAAUCAGCCGCAAAGAGGAAGAAGAUCUCGAAGACUACGUUCAAAGGCAAUUAACUAGAUCAAGAUCUGGUCAUCGUCUGGAACGUGACGUUGAAACAGGCGUAUUAACUACGCGCCAUGCACGCAAAGCAGUGGCUUUACAAAAGAAUAUGCGCAACGGAACUGCCACUGAUGUUGCACUAGUCAAUAGCACGUCGGCGGAAGAAGUAGCAAAUGGUUUAGCCAAUUCCGGUGAUAUAGUGCUAGAGAAAAUCGUAGAGGAGGAUAAUACGUAUAUUAACGAUCGAAGCGCUGGCAUUUCGCCCAUAGAGAUCGAGAAUGAUACAAAACAAUUGCUGAGGAGAGAAUCUUUAAAUGAAACAAUCAAUAUAACACGAAUAUAAAAUUUAAUGAUGUACACUUUGAUAUUUAACAAAUUAAUAUUUUACUAUUUAUUAUAAAGACUUUUAUUUAAAUUUAAGCCUUUAAACUAUAAGUAAAAUUUGAAAUAUAAGAUAGUUCAAGAAAAAUCCCAUGUGACCAUAUUUUUUAACAAAUGUCUUUUAUAAGAAUUUUCGUAUUUGCAUGUAUGUAUACCUAAUUAAUAACAUUUGUAAAUCGAGAAAUCGUGCAUAUACGUACAUUAUUUCCUAAAUAUGAUGAAUUAUAAAAGAAAAACAAAAACAAAAAAUAGAAGAUUCAAUGUCGUCAAGUGAAAAACCAAAAGAGAAAUAAUAAAAGAGAUUCUAUAGUGCAUACAUACAUACAUACAUAUAAACAAUAAAUAGUACAUACAAUUUUUCGCACAACCUUAAAGAAUUAUCAUACUAAGGCACUUGAAUCGCAUAUGUCAUUAACCACAGUUUAAAAUACGAUUCCUAAAAUAGCACUUCAAAGUAAAACUCAAAUAGAUAUGUAUGUAUAUGUGAAUGUAUCAAAUACUCGUAAUGUAUUUAUAUGAACCAUAAGCCGAAAAUAUUUCCAACUUUGAAAAUGCAAAAUAAUUGCAUACCGCAAAUUUAAAUACAAUAUUGCAUUAUCUUUGAAAUUAAAUCUAAUAUAGAAGGGAAACGAAACUAAAAAUAAGAAUAAACGUAAAAAAUAUUAAUUAUAUGCACAAUUCGAUGAAAAGACUUUUAAAUAA